CCUCCGCCCCCUCCCGAAGCCGAAAUCCCCCAAUUCCCCUCUCUCUCUCCCCUCUCCCCAUCGCCCCCCUCCCGCACCCGAGCGCGAGAGAAUCCGAGGAGAGGAGCGGCGCAAGGAGGCGGAGAUGGAGUCGGAUCAGGGCAAGCUCUUCAUCGGCGGCAUCUCCUGGGAGACGACGGAGGAGAAGCUGCAGGAGCACUUCUCCAACUUCGGCGAGGUCUCCCAGGCCGCCGUCAUGCGCGACAAGCUCACCGGCCGCCCGCGGGGCUUCGGCUUCGUAGUCUACGCCGACCCCGCCGCCGUCGACGCCGCCCUCCAGGAGCCCCACACCCUCGACGGCCGCACGGUCGAUGUGAAGCGGGCGCUCUCGCGGGAGGAGCAGCAGGCUACCAAGGCGGUGAACCCUAGCGCAGGAAGGAACGCUGGAGGUGGAGGGGGUGGCGGCGGCGGCGGCGGCGAUGCCGGUGGUGCUAGGACAAAGAAGAUCUUUGUGGGCGGGCUGCCCUCCAGUCUGACAGAUGAGGAGUUCCGGCAGUACUUCCAGACCUUCGGAGCUGUCACUGAUGUUGUGGUGAUGUAUGACCAGACAACACAGCGCCCCCGGGGCUUCGGCUUCAUUACCUUUGACUCGGAGGAUGCGGUUGACCGUGUGCUGCACAAAACCUUCCACGAUCUUGGAGGGAAGAUGGUAGAGGUGAAGCGUGCUCUGCCUCGAGAGGCGAAUCCUGGCUCGGGCGGCGGCGGACGUUCUAUGGGAGGUGGGGGUUUUCAUAGUAACAAUGGACCCAACUCCAAUGCUAGCAGCUAUGAUGGCAGAGGCGAUGCUAGCAGAUAUGGGCAGGUGCAGCAAGGCAGUGGUGGCUACCCAGGUUAUGGUGCUGGAGCUUAUGGCAGUGCUCCAACUGGAUAUGGAUAUGGGCACACCAAUCCUGGAACUACAUAUGGAAAUUAUGGGUCUGCAGGGUAUGGAGGUGUUCCUGCUGCGUAUGCUGGGGCUUAUGGCAAUCCAAGUGCUGCUGCUUCCGGUUACCAGGGUGGCCCUCCAGGCGCUAAUAGAGGACCCUGGGGCAGUCAAGCUCCGUCUGGUUAUGGCACUGGGGGUUAUGCUGGCAAUGCAGGCUAUGGUGCAUGGAAUAGCUCUUCUGCUGGUGGGAAUGCACCUACUAGUCAGGCACCUGGUGCAGCUGCAGGUUAUGGGAACCAGGGCUAUGGUUAUGGUGGAUAUGGAGGAGAUGCAUCAUAUGGUAAUCAUGGAGGGUAUGGUGCUUAUGGUGGUCGGGGAGAUGGUGCUGGAAAUCCUGCUACUGGUGCAGCCUCUGGGUAUGGUGCUGCUGGAUAUGGAAGUGGGAAUGGAAACUCUGGAUAUCCAAAUGCGUGGACUGAUCCUUCACAAGGCGGAGGAUUUGGUGGUGCAGUCAAUGGAGCUUCUGAGGGCCAAUCAAAUUAUGGCAGCGGUUAUGGUGGUAUGCAGCCUAGGGUUGCUCAGUAGAAGAGGCUGUUGUAAUGUUCAUGGUGUGAACCAGUGCAUUUGGGCAGCAUAUGUAUUAUUGCAGUAUUCUGGCUUUGCUCUCGUCUUCCUGAAGGCCAUCCAUUCUGCCGGUUAAAUCAGUAUUUCUCCUGGUUGGAAUGCUUGAUCCUUUCGUGGCUUAACUAGAACUUCAGUCAAUAAGUAGCUAUUAUGUCGAGUAGCUGUAUCUUCAUAAUGCUUUAUUUAUGUUUAGCUUAUCCUUCGGUGUGCUUUGUCAUGAGUGGAGUUUCAGGUUGCUUUAUCUCUAGUUUAAAGCUAGAGUAGCUUCACUGCUUAUGGACCAAAUUAUCUAGUUGUAUCUCUAUUCUACAGAAUCAUAUAUUCGUGUUUGACUGUAGUA